UACCCGGGACAAAUGGACGAGAACAAAACGGUUUUGGUUGAGAGCCUCAUAAUAUGGCUACAAACCUUCAACACCUCUUCUCCGUGCACAACAGCAGAGGAUUUGACCACCGGAGCUGCCUUAUCACAGGCUUUGCAUCAAAUAGACCCUUCCUGGUUCACUGAUGGAUGGCUUGCUCGUAUCAAAACAGAUGUGGAUGACAACUGGAGGCUGAAGCUGAACAACCUAAAGAAGAUCCUGCAAAUGGUGUUGGAGUAUUACAACGAGGUCUUGGUCCAGGGACUUUCUGACUUCCCCCUGCCUGACGUGGCCUUGGCUGCUGAGCACUCGGACCCGGUGGAGCUGGGCAGACUACUGCAGCUCGUAUUGGGCUGCGCUGUAAGAUGCGAGCGCAAGCAAGAAUACAUCCAGAUCAUCAUGACGUUGGAGGAAUCGGUGCAGCAUGUCGUCAUGGCAGCCAUUCAGGAGCUAUUACAUAGAGAGACCGUGGCCCCCUUAGGAGCAGAGCUAUCUGGAGACGUCGAACAGCAGCUCAAAAAAGCUCUGGAAGAAGUCACAUCGGAGAAGGAAGCACUCGCGCAACGCUGCCAGGAGCUUGACCAGCAGGUGGCUAUUCUCCAAGAGGAACAUAACAGCCUGCUCGCCGAGAACGACGUCCUUACUGACCGAGCCAAUCAGUUGGACACUUUUGACGACCCCAACACACCGUCGGGCAGGAAGCACAGCCAGCUGCAACAGCAGCUAGAAGUGCUGCAGGAGGAGAACUUCAGGCUGGAGGCCGCAAAGGAUGACUACAGAAUACACUGCGAAGAGCUCGAGAAGCAGCUUGUGGAAGUCCAGCACCGUAACGACGAGCUGACCGGCCUGGCGGAGGAGUCGAGGUCACUCAAAGAUGAGCUGGAUGUACUGAGGAACUGUUCAGAUCGAGUGGUGAUGCUGGAGGCUUCGGUGGAAACAUACAAACGCAAACUGGAGAACCUGGGGGACCUGAAGAGGCAGAUGAAGCUUCUAGAGGAGAACAACACCAUCUACAUGCAGAACACUGUCAGCCUGGAGGAGGAACUGCGCAAGGCCAACGCUGCACGGGCGCAGUUGGAAACAUAUAAGCGCCAGGUCCAAGAGCUUCACAUGAAGUUGUCAGAUGAAACGAGGCGAGCGGACAACCAAGACUUUGAAAUGAAGAAGCUGGAGGAGAAAUACGAAUUGGUGACAAAGGAGAAAGAGCGGAUCAUCGUGGAGAGAGACUCUCUGAAAGAAAUCAAUGAGGAGCUUCGGUGCACACAAGCGCAGCAGCACCAACUCUCCCAAGCGGGAAUGCUGCCUUCCAGAAGCCCCAGUCACGAUAACCUAGCAGCAGAACUGAUCCCGGUCGAACACAGAGAGAAGUUCAUCAGGCUUCAGCAUGAGAACAGGAUGCUUAGAGUGCAGCAGGAAGAGUUUGAGAGGGAGAAGAUCGCUUCCCUGCAGGCUCAGCUGGAGGACGCUCACAAGAGCCGUAGUCAACUGGACACGGAGAACAGAUUGAGUCGUCAACGAGUCGGAGAGCUGCAGCAGCAAGUUGAGGACCUCCAAAAGGCGCUGCAGAGUCAGGCGGUCAAGCCUGAUGACUCAAACCUGAAGCGGAAACUGGAUGCUCACAUGGUCCAACUGAAUGAGGCUCAGGACGAAAUCCUGAAGAAGAAAGAGCUACUGGAAGACCUGCAGCCAGACAACACUCAGAACUCGUUAAAGGUGGACGAGCUCAUGGCUGCCCUGAAAAAGAAGGAUGACGACAUGAGGGCCAUGGAGGAGAGGUACAAAAUGUACCUGGAGAAAGCUCGCAAUGUGAUCCGAGCACUGGACCCGAAAUUGAAUCCUGCUACCGCUGAAAUCCAGGCUUUAAGGAACCAGGUCGCUGACAGAGACAAGCAGAUCCUCAACUUGGAGCGUCAGUGCGAGCAGGCCCGGCUGCGUGAGUACGAGGAGAAACUGAUAGUCUCCGCUUGGUACAACAAGAGUCUGAACUUUCAGAAGCUGGCCAUCGAGUCGCGUCUGGGCGGCCGCGCCGGUUCCACGCUAUCCUCUGGCCAAUCCUUCUUGUCCCAGCAGCGGCAAGUGUCUAACGCCCCUCGCCGGGCACUUUCCAUUAGUGUGCCCAGCACAACUGCCAAGUAGAGUUGCUUAGAGCCACGUGCCUCCCCUCGUUCAGCUUUCCCCAGACGAUUAUUGAGCCAAGGCACAGCAUACAAAAAUUAUAUACGCUGCUCACAAAAUUGGUGAUUUAGGCUUUUGGAUGAAAGUUUUGCAGGAACCUAAAAUGCAUAUUUACAGAAUUUGUUCAUUUUUGCGUGGGCUUAUUCAUGGAUUUUUUUCCCAUUCCUCUCAUUACAACAUUACCCUUGCAGGUGAAUUUAUUUUGACCCUUAAAGAAACAUAUCCAACUGCACCAUUUCCUAUUCCCUAACAAUAAGCUGAUUAGGAGAAAUUUAAAGUUUGGGGAAGGCCAACUUCACCUCCUAAGGAUGUUAGUUCAUUUCAGGUUUACCCUAAAUUUUCAGCCAAUAUCCGUAAUUUUUUGUGAUCAGCGCUGACAUAAUGACAGGUGACAGUAGUAGAAGUCUUAAUUGUUGUACCUGCCACUCUGUGCAGUUUCAUUAUUCGUUUUCUAGUCAUAAAUAAUUUAUACUUUUACUAAAUUGGGUAAUUUCUUUUUACACAUCUGUUACCCCUCAUGACACUGCUUUGGUAAAGUGGAGUGGAACCCCUGAGUUAAAGUACCAAUACACUCUCAAGUGACCUUAACAUGUCUGUGGGGAGACUGCUGAAGGAUGGUGCGGCUCGAGGCUGUCCAGCUGAGUAGACGUUGCCCUGACACCAGAACAUCAGGAACAUUUCCCAUAUUGACUGAACAGAAGCCCCACAAUCUUUAACUACUUACAAGAUGGAGCGGAGCGAUGUCCAAGCUUGCAUUAGGCUUUGUUGGUGAAUAUCAGACUUUCCUCUGUUCAUGUGAGGGAAGUUUGAUAGAUUUGGUGCCGGCCACCGACUCUUGACUAACGGACAAUCAGGGGGCAGGAAAUUUGCGCAUGUAUCAUGUUAAUAACUGUGGAGUUGCACUGAUAAAACUAUGUGAUUUAAACACCAGCUUUUUUUUUUUUUAAAUCCUAAUGUUCUAGAAUUGCCUGAUUCCUACAAUUGCAUAGUUUUUAAUCAGGGGUGUUGAUGUUCUGGGGUUUGCUAAGUGCUUUAUCAGAAACCAGGCAGACUUAUUUUGUCACAAUGUGUGAAUAUACAGUUUUACUUAAUUUUGCUUAGAGCUGAAACAAAUUUCUUGUAUGUGAUGGUAAAAUAGCAUUGUCCACUUACCUGUAUUUAAUGCUGGGUGGUAAAAGAAAUGUUUUAAAGCAAAAUUGUAAUUUAAUUAAACAAGCUUUUCUGAAUCCUGCG